GCUCGGCUAGUCGGUUGCUGUUGCACACUGUGAAACCGUUGUCUGCCGUCUCAGCCGCGCGACGAAGUUCGGGGUCCCCUCUCUCUCCGUGGACGCCAUCUUUUUUUCCUCGCGUGGCAGUAGCAUCACCUAGACCCGAGUUUAGAGCCGAGAACGCGUCGGUGCCGUGGACUACUCGUCGAAGUUUACGUGCGUCUAGUGUCAGAAUAUAUCCAUAAGCGUUGAAGAUGCCGGGAUUCAGUAGCGUCGGCACGUUCAAGAUCUUCAUCGGCAAUCUCGCCGACAAGACCUCCAACACCGACAUUAAGCCCCUGUUCGAGAAGUACGGCAAAGUUGUCGAGUGCGACGUUGUUAAGAACUAUGGUUUUGUGCACAUGGAAAAUGAAGAGGCUGGUAGGAACGCCAUCCAGAACCUGAAUGGUUACAUGGUGCACGGGCAGCCCAUCAAGUGUGAGGCUGCCAAGAGUCGAAAAGGCCCCAACACUCCCACAACCAAGAUCUUUGUGGGCAAUCUAACUGACAACACCAAGGCGCCUCAGGUGCGCGAACUUUUCGCCAAGUUUGGUACCGUGGUUGAGUGCGAUAUUGUACGUAACUACGGUUUCGUCCAUUUGGAAGCCACUGGAGACGUUAACGAGGCAAUUAAGGAGCUCAAUGGACAAAUGGUCGAUGGCCAACCAAUGAAGGUCCAAAUCUCGACAAGCCGCGUCAGGCAGAGGCCCGGAAUGGGAGAUCCUGAGCAGUGCUAUAGGUGUGGUCGUGGUGGUCACUGGUCUAAGGAGUGCCCCAAGGGAGGUAUGGGUGGAGGUCCUGAAAGAAACGGCUUCAGGGAGAGAAUGUUUGGCCGUGACCCAUACCCACCACCACCUCCACCACCCUUCCUUCGUGACCGUCUAAUGGGUGGAGCGCGCUUUGGAAGUUAUCCUCCGUUCCAGGAUUACGAUAACUAUUACGAUCGCCGUGGAUUCGAUGACACUAGAGAUUUGUAUGAGAGGAGAUUCACAGGAAUGACAGGAAUGUCUGGUAAUGCACCAAAGUUUUCUGCUGGCAUGGGCUCUAUGCGUGACACCGGGUUCUCUCGUGGCCAAGAUUAUAACAUGUUUAGCCGGCGGUCACCUCCACCGGCCGGUACCAAUGGUCGAUUCAGGAACAAUCAGAAUAAUCUACAGAACUGGAACAAGCAGUACAACUGGAGCAACCACAAGACUGGCUGAUGUUCUUCCUCUUCCCCCCUCAGAUAAUGAUGUACAUUGAUUUGCAAUGAUGGAAGACAAUUUUUGACGUUAUAGCUUUUUACUGCAGAGGAAGUGUUCAAGUCAUGAUGGUUGGUUUGCACAGGUCCAUCUUUUAAGAAGCAAGCAAUAUUUUCUGAAACUAAAAUUUGUGAACAGGCAGAUUGUAAUGGAUGUUAACGCACGCCGUUGUCUCUUUUCAAAGGCAAGUCAAUAGCAAAGAAAGGGUUUUUUUUUUUUCUUAUUGGGUUAAAAAUGACAUCACAUUGUACAUUGAUCCUAAUUUUUUUAUACUUUCCACGAGUCUUGAUAACAUUUUGAGACCUAGUAUGUACUUGGGUUUGUAAGUUAUUGUUAUUCAAUUUAUUUUAUAUUGAAACGUUAUCGUUUAUUUUUUACAAGUUUUGAUAUCGAGUAAGUUUACUUUAACAUGAUGUGAGAUUGAAUAUUUUAUUCACAUAUCUGACUAAAGGGAUCGCGUUUAAAAAGUGUUAUUUUUAUAUUAUUGAAAUAGAAACGAAUUUUAUUAAUGAAAAAAGAAGCAUCCAUUAACAUCUAAUUUUAAUAAAUAACUGUUAUUACCCGUUAUAGGCCUUUUGGCAGUGUAGAGCACGCAUCAGCUCAACGAUGU